AUGCCGACCCCCUCCAACUCGAGCUCCAGCAGCGUCUUCCUCCAGUCGCCCAAUGCUAUCCCUCCACGAACAUCCUCCACAGGACAGCACACCACCAGUCCCUCCCUCCUAGCAGCAGCUGCCUCCCCCUCGUCAAGAGCUUCAGUCCUGCGCCCCGUGCCCGAGGGCGACUGGAUCGGGUCCGGCACGCCGCCUCACCACCACACCCGCUCCCCUCCGACCGCAGGCUCCUCCUCCCACUCCAAGCGCCCGCGCCGCUCCUCGCUGCCCUCGACGUCGAUCCUCGCCAACAUGGCCCAGAACCCGCCCCCGCCGGACCCCUCGCGCUAUGCCCACGACGACUUUAACUUCAUCGGCGGCCGCAAGUCGUGGGCCCCGGAUAAGGACCGCGUUAUCAUGGGGCCAUUCGAGUACCUCAACGAGCAGCGCGGCAAGGACUUCCGCUCGCAGCUCAUCGCCGCCUUCAACGCCUGGCUGGACGUGCCGCCCGCCAGCAUCGAGGUCAUCACAAAGGUCGUCGGCAUGCUGCACACGGCCUCGCUGCUCAUCGACGACGUCGAGGACAACAGCCUGCUGCGCCGCGGGCUCCCCGUCGCCCACUCGCUCUUCGGCGUGCCCCAGACCAUCAACUCGGCCAACUACGUCUACUUCUGCGCCCUCGAGGAGCUCCAGAGGCUCCGCAACCCCACCUGCGUCGCCGUCUUCGCCGACGAGCUGCUCAACCUGCACCGCGGCCAGGGCAUGGACCUCUUCUGGCGCGACACACUGACCUGCCCCACGGAGGACGAGUACCUCGAGAUGGUCGGCAACAAGACGGGCGGCCUCUUCCGCCUGGGCAUCAAGCUGAUGCAGGCCGAGAGCGCCCGCUCGGGCGCCGCAGCCGAGGCCGCGGGGCGCGCGCCCAUCGACUGCGUCCCGCUCAUCAACCUGAUCGGGCUCAUCUUCCAGAUCCGCGACGACUACCAGAACCUGCGGUCGGCCGAGUACAGCGACAACAAGGGCUUAGCCGAGGACCUGACCGAGGGCAAGUUCAGCUUCCCCGUCAUCCACGCCGUGCGCGCCGACCCCUCCGACCUGCGCCUGCUCAACAUCCUGCGCCAGCGCACCGCCGACGACGAGGUGAAGCGCUACGCCGUCGCCCACAUGGAGGCCGCGGGGAGCUUCGACUACACCCGCGCCGUCCUUGACGUUCUCGUCGCCCGCGCCCGCCGCGUCGCCGAGGACAUUGAUCGGGUCGCUGCCGAGGGGGACGAGGGCCGGCCCCGGAAUAAGGGCAUCGGCGCCAUCCUCGACAAGAUGGUCAUUGGCGGACCUGGGGAGAUGCACUUCCCUGCCAAGAAGAACUGA